AUGUCUGCGUCACUGCCAGGCAGUCGCGACUUACCGGCAUCUCAGUAUGACCUCUCUACUUAUUGGGGCCGUGUCAAGCAAUCGGCACAGAUAGCAGACCCGAGAACAUUAUUCGUUUCCACCUCCGGCCUUGAAAAUGCGAAGAAACUGGUAACAUCGUACAAGACGGGGGAAGCAAGAGUGAUGACACCAGAGAUAUGGGAGGCAAAGAAAAUUGUAGACUCUACCCUUCAUCCUGAUACUGGAGAGCCAGUUUUCCUCCCUUUCCGCAUGUCAUGCUUCGUCAUCUCAAAUCUUGUCGUGACGGCAGGCAUGCUCACACCAAACAUGACUACAACGGGCACAGUGGCAUGGCAAAUCAUCAACCAAUCCCUCAACGUGGCAAUUAACAGCGCGAACGCCAACAAAUCCUCCCCAUUAUCCACAAAGACUCUAAUCCAGAGCUACGUUCUCGCCGUAUCAGCAUCCUGCUCCGUCGCUGUAGGGCUAAAUUCUAUUGUGCCCCGGCUCAAGCGUGUCUCGCCCAACAUCAAACUAAUCUUGAGCCGCUUGGUCCCGUUCGCUGCGGUCGCUUCUGCGGGUGCUCUGAACGUCUUCCUAAUGCGAGGCGAAGAGAUCCGUCGGGGCAUCGAUAUCUUCCCCGUUCAAUCCGAAGCUGAAAAAUCCGAGCGCGAAAAAACCGGAAAGGAAGUCCCCAGCUUAGGAAAAUCGCGCAAAGCCGCUGUUUUGGCUGUGGGCGAAACUGCCAUCUCGCGAGUUCUGAAUGCGACGCCCAUCAUGGUCAUUCCGCCACUCGCCCUCGUCCGACUGCAAAAAACGGAGUGGAUGAAGCAACGGCCUAAGAUGGUCCUGCCCGUCAAUCUCGGUCUAAUUCUCACAACGAGUAUUUUCGCACUACCACUGGCAUUGGCAGCGUUUCCACAACGGCAGGCUGUCGGUGCGAGAAGCCUCGAGAGAGAGUUCUGGGACAAAGGUGGAGAGGGUGGUCUGGUCGAGUUCAACCGUGGAAUUUAA